AUGAAUUAAAUUAAGAAAGAUAAAAAAAAACACAAACAAUUACAAUAAAAAAAGAAAAGUAAAUAAAGUAAAAUAUAAAAAAAUAAAAUAAAAGUGCUAUAUUGUUUUAAAUUGAAUUUUUUUAGUAAAAAUACCACAGUCUAAAACAAUUAAACUGUUUUUCUCAAGUAUAAGUUUUAGAAGGAAAAAAUCAAUAAAAAAUGGAUUAUAAAUUUAAAAAAUUUAAUUUAAAAUAAGUUAAAAUAAUUAAAAAACAUUAGUAAAUAAAAUUUACUAAUCUAGACUAUAAUUUCUUUUAGAAAAAAACUUUUUAAUAAACUGAAAGUUAAAUACGUAGAAAAUAUUAUUUAUAUUAAUCAUAUUUAUAAAUUAAAUAUACUUCAGAUCAAUAUGGAGAACCUAAUGAGAUUAAUGCUAAGAAUUUAAAAACUUUUAAAAUUAGUAAAAAUAAAUUUAAAGUAUAUUGAUAAAAAAAUAAAUAAUUACUUCUUCUAAUUCAUUAUAAUAUAUAAUCUAUUAUAUCAUUUAUUUUUUUUCUUUCAAAAAUAUUGA